GGAGGCAGCUGAGCGGCGAGCGCGGGCCGGCGCACACCGCUUCCCAUGGAGCCGCCGGGCCCCGGGCUGGUGGAGCGCCUGGCGCAGCUGGCGACCUGCCCGCUGUGCGGGGGCCCCUUCGAGGACCCGGUGCUGCUGGCCUGCGAGCACAGCUUCUGCCGCGCGUGCCUGGCCCGCCGCUGGGGGGCCGCGCCGGCGCCCGGCCCCGAGGCGCCCCCCGCCUGCCCCCGCUGCGGCCAGCCCUGCCCGCGCCGCAGCCUGCGCUCGCACGUGCGCCUGGCCGUGGAGGUGCGCAUCAGCCGCGCGCUGCGGGAGCGCCUGGCCGAGCCGGGGGCCCGCGCCCGGAGGCACCGCGGCGGCCGCAUCCCCACCAUGGGCAGCCUGGACCCGCCGGGGGAGGACAUGAGGGAGACAUGGAGAAGACUUGCUGCCCCCACCCCCAAGUCAUCCCAGCCCGAGGACGAGCUCCCCGAGGACUACCCCGUGGUCAGGAACAUGCUGCACAGGCUGGCGGCUGACCUGACCCUGGACCCCAGCACUGCCCACCGCCGCCUGCUCAUCUCCGCUGACCGCCGCAGCGUCUGGCUGGCCCCCCCAGGGACACCAGAGCCCCCCGACAGCCCCGCGCGCUUCGACCAGCUCCCGGCGGUGCUGGGCGAGCAGGGCUUUGGGGCGGGCCGCCACUGCUGGGAGGUGGAGACCGCCGAGCCCGCCUCGGGCGGAGCCCCUGCUGGGGAGGACGAGGAGGCGGAGAGCCACUACGCCUUGGGUGCGGCCGGGGAGUCGGUGCAGCGCAAGGGCCGCGUGGGGCUGUGCCCUGUGGGCUCUGUGUGGGCCGUGGAGGGCCGCGGUGGCCGCCUGUGGGCACUCACGGCCCCGGAGCCCACCCCGCUGGGCGGCGCCGGGCCCCCUCCGCGGCGGAUCCGCGUGGACUUGGACUGGGAGCGGGGCCGCGUGGCCUUCUACGACGGCCGCUCGCUGGACCUGCUGUUCGCCUUCCAGGCCCCCGGGCCCCUGGGGCAGCGGGUCUUCCCUCUGCUCUGCACGCGCGACCCUCGCGCUCCGCUGCGCAUCGUGCCGGCGGAGGGCUGAGCCUGCCUGGGGCCGCCCGCCUGCAGGGGCCUGUCCUCACCCGCCCGCCCGCAGCCAGAGUUCCGACGAGCGCCCUGCCCACCUCCAUUGUAUGUCUCCACAGUGAGACUCAGCUGGCCUGUUUCCCAUCACUCCCGGGGCCCAAUCCAUUGCACCCCGCUUCUUGGGAGCUGCUCCCCAUCUGCCCUCCCCCAUCUAGGCUGCUCCAGGUGCUUCACAUAGUCCCCCUCCACUUCCGCCUCUGCUGGUCUCAACCCAAGGCCCAGCCCCCAGGCUUGCUGCCUCCUUGUCAGACUUGUCAAGGGCGGCAGGACCUCCUCCUGGAGCAGAGGCGGGGCUCGCCUUCAGGUUCUCUAGGAAGCUUGUGUCCAAGUUUUCUUUUUUGGGGGGCCCUACUCCACAGUGACGGCUUCCCACCGUCAGGCUUUUCCCAUGAGGAACUUCUCUAAACCAUCCCCUGCACUGUUCCAGUGAGAAACCGCCAGCAAGGCCCAGCCCCUGUGGCUCUGGAGAGCGUUAGUCUGCAGUGAAGGGUCCAAGGUUCGAUUCCCGCCAGGAACAUGUUUGGGUUUCAGACUUGAUCCCCAGUGGGGGAUGUGUAGGAGGCAGCCGAUCAAUGAUUCUUUCUCAUCACUGAUGUUUCAAUCUCUCUUCCUCCUCUCAGGGAAAAAAAAAGAAAAAGAAACCCAUAGCACUACCUCUCCUCUCCUCAACCUGGGGUGGCCCAGACGCCUCCGCAUCCUGUGUAGCCUCACCCCUGUCUACCCUCAUGUAUAAAGGGCCUGUAUGUAACACAUUUGAGAUGUUGGGUUAUUUAUUUGUGCAUCUGUGGCAAUAAACGGGAUCUCCGUG